CAUUAUUUUCACAGACGAUCUACUUCAUAAUAAGUGUGAGCGUACAUCAUUGCAAUCACAUUUGUAUUGAUGUAUACACUUGGAUAGAGACUCAGUACUUUUGAUCAAAGUUUUUCGCACCUCUUUCGACACAUAUUUGUAAUCAACGUUAGAAAUAGGAAUAGAACUGCAUGCAGUUAUAGGACGCACUUGUUAGUAGACUCAGAUCACUGCAUAGUUUGUGCUUUCAUUUGCUGACUGCUGAAUUUAAGUACAUAUUAUCUGAUCACAAAUAAGCUUCAUUGGACAUUGGAUAUAUUCGUAGAAUGAGCUCAUUUUUGUAAUAAGCCCCAAAUCCGAUAUUUGUACCAAUGGCUGAGAAGACUGAGAAAGAGAAACCUACAAGCUCUUCAGAGAACCUGACGUGUCCACUAUGUCUUGAUAUUUUCGACGAGGCAACCAUCCUGACUUCAUGUGGACACACCUUCUGUCGGAAGUGUCUCAAGAACUAUGACCUAUCCCAUCAAGAUCUCGAUCACAUGAUCUGUCCUCUCUGCAGAGAGGUCACCAAGUUGUCGGCGAACCGUGUCGAUGAUUUCCUCACCAAUGUGACUGUCAACGGACUCGUAGAAGAUUACCACGUCGAAUGUGGAGGGAGGAAUGCUGUCCUUGAGAUGCGUCCAAAAUGCAAUGCUUGCAAACGUCAAGAAGUGGCUGUGUCAUUCUGCACAACCUGCAACGGUUAUUUGUGUGAGCAGUGUCUGACGGGUCAUCAGAAUAUGUCUUUAACGUUUGAGGCUCACGAGAUUGUAUCCAUACAAGAUAUCAUCAGCGGGAAGGUCAGCAUUGGUCAUCUUUCCGAGAAGUGCUGCAUCCACAAACAGGAGAACAAAGAUAUGUUUUGUGAGGAUUGUAAGGUCCACGUCUGUUUCAAGUGCGUGAUCGUCGGUCAUCAAAAUCACAAAAUCAAGAAUCAGGCUGACUUCGAGCAGGAGUUACGGAUUAAGGUGAACAACCUUGUUCAGCGAUGUGCCACUAAGAAAUCAGAACUGGAGAAGAACAUUCAGAAUGUGGAAGUACAACGCCGUGAAGUAUACACUGCCGUGCAGAAACUACUGGACGAUGUCAGUCAAGCCUACAGCAUCAAGGCUAAAGAGCUUGAAGAAAAUCAUCAAAGUCUAAUCGAGCAAAUCAAUGCAGUAAAGCGGGGUUUCGAGGACGACAUCACCGUCUUGAAAUCCAAGGAUCGACAGAAAAUCAAGAGUAUUUGUAGUUCAAUAACAUUGGUAGCUAAUGACAGACUGGGUCGUCUUGAGACAGACAGUCUGUCUGCUCAUACCUUGCUCUGUGAGGAGCUGGAUGCCAUGCUGAAGGAGGUUACUGAUCACACUUCUGCGGCAGCAAUUACAAAGAAAGCUCAUGAGAAGAAGUUCAAUCCUGCCGAUGAUAGUCUCCUUGACCUCGGGAGCAUCUUAGGAACAGAUCCCAAGUUGCAAGUCAUUCAGUGUGUAGAUCUACUAGGAAUGAUACAUGGAAUGACCCAGUACUCUGAUGAUAGUGUGGCUAUCGGAUGCCAUGAUGGACUUGGUAUAGAUAUCAUUGAUUCAGCUGGCAAACAGGAGCAGUAUGCAAACAUGCCUAGAAACAUAUACUGUUUUGAUCUUGUGUUUCAACAAGACAGGUCGUUAUGUAUGUUGACGGGUUUCACAGAAGCACGCGUAUAUGCGCCCAAUGGCUCCAGGAAUUCAACCAUCCGCUUGCCUAGCAAUGGCCCUUUACUCAAAAUAAACAGAAGUCCAUCAGAUGAAAUCCUCAUCGCUAACAAUGAGAAGAAAGCUUACAUCUAUAAUCCGACUGGAUCCACUCUCAAACACACUGUUCCAACAAAACGCAAGGAGACAAGGGAGGUAUCUGCCACCAGGUCGGGUUUGAUCGUCACGAGUUCAUGUAAUCACUCCAAUCCAAGCGUGGUGACGGUCUAUGACAGGGAUGGGAAUGCGGGUAAGUCUCUACAAGCUCCAAACGAUGUCUACCUGUAUACUGCCCUGGAUGAGCAGGACAAGGUGUAUGUAGCGGGUGUUGAUCGUAAGAAGGGUAACGUGGUAAUCAAGCUCUAUGACCUUGAUGAUCUGAACCUGAAGGAGAAAGUUCAGUUCAACGUACUUAAUCUGACGCUUGGUCGUGAUUGGUGUUACUUGGUUUCACUCUCACCAGACUUGCUCGCGUUUGCUAGUGCAAAGAAGUUGUAUUUUAUCAAAGUAUCCCUGUGA